GCCUCUCCCUUUGCUUCAGCUGGGCUGCCAGGAUGCUGCGCUCUCGGCGCCCGGGAGAGGACUGCGCCCCCGAAGUCGUCGUCCCCAGUUGAUGCAGCCCAAGGGCCAUGGAGAGGGGCUGCCCGGAGGAGCCCGCCCGCAGCGGGGGGCAGCCGUCGGCCCCCGGGCGGCGGGAGGAGAGCAGGGAGCGGCCGCCCGAGGGGGCCGACGGCUGCGGGGGGGCUGCGGAGCCUCAGGCGCCCCCCGGGAAGCUGAAGAAAACGGCUUUGAGGCUGUUUGGGGGGAAGAGGAGCAUCUGCACGCUGCCGAGUUUCUUUGGGGGCCGGAGCAAAGGGCAGGGGAAAGCGUCCUCGAAGAAGGGCCUGGGGAAAUGCCGGACCCACGAGGGGCUGAGUGGAGGCGGCGGCGAGCAGGGCGAUGGGGCGCCGCUGGAAAGCCCCUGGGAGGGGAGCGGGGAGUCGCCUCCCUGCCCUUUGCCGAGCUCCCGGAGCGCUCCCUCGGCCGUGGACGCCGGGUCGGAGUCGGGGCGGCGGGACGGCUCUCCCCCCAUGGAGGGCUGCGAGAAGAAGGCCGGCGGCGAGAAGUCCUCCCUGCCCAGAGCCAAGAAAGGGCUGAAGGGGUUUCUGAACAGCAUCCGGCGUCACCGGAAGAGCAAGGCUGCCGAGAGCGAGCCGGCGGAGCUCCCCGAGUGGAGCGGGGCCGCGGAGGAGGCCGGCAAAGACGCCGGUGCGGGAGCGGAGAGCCGAGGGGCCGCGGGGGGAAGGGGCCCGGGCCCUGUCCCUGCUGCCGUGCCCGCCCCGGGGGGCUUGGGGGGUGAGGGCUCAGCGGCCACGGCCACCCCCUGCGGGGAGGCUGCCCAGCCCGGCCGUCCCGCGGCCAGUGAUGGUGGCUCUGAGGGCGACGCGGCGGCGAUGCCGGGGGAGAGGGAGGGUGCGGGUACGAAGUCGGAGGCCGAGGCCGUUACCUGCGCGGAGUUGGACCCCGAGCAGCUGCUGCUGGCCUUUCAUCCGGACUUGGUGGACACCGACCCUCCGUGCCUGCACGCCGGGGAGCUGCUCAGCCUCCUGCUGGGGGACGUCACCUCCCUGAAGAGCUUCGACUCCCUGACGGGGUGCGGGGACGACAUCGCGGAGCCCGAGGUGGCGGAGAGCAGCCUCUCGGUGGAGCGCGGCAGGGACGCGGGCAAGCGGAGCUCGUGCCUGGUGAGCUACCAGGGCGGUGGGGAGGAGAUGGCCGAGGCGGAGGAGGCGGAGAAGUUCCUCCCCCAGGUGUGGGAGGGCAGCGGGGACAGGGGCUACGGAGCCCAGGUGUCGAGCAGCAGCUUGGAGACGCAGGACGGCCGCCCUUACGUGGGGGACGCGCUGGAGGGCGUGGAGCUCCUGACGCCGCAGAGCGAGCAGCAAGAGUCGGCCCCGAACAGCGACGAGGGCUACUACGACUCCACCACGCCGGGGCCGGAGGAGGAAGGCGGGGAGGGGCUGGGGGAGCUGAAGAAGGAGCGUCUUCCCCGGGACAGCUACAGCGGGGACGCGCUCUACGAGUUCGACGCGCUGCUGAGCCCCUCUCUCGGGGAGGAGUCCCUGUUUGAGGGCAAAGUCUCCCGCCCGGGCAUCUUCAGCUACUUCUUGGACUUCUGCCUGCCCGUGGAGAAGAGCCUGGUCCGGGCGCUGGGGGAGAAGCGGGGGCUGAUGGAGACGGAGGAGGAGCGGCUGGCGGCCAUUCAGAAGGAGCUGCUGUACUGGGAGCUGCAGAGGGAACCGCUGCCCCGGCGCCGCGACCUUCCCGGCCGGGAGAAGUGUCCGCGGGACAAGCCCUGCCUGGAAUGCCAAGGCCGAGGGGCCGGCUCCGGCGGCAAGCAGGCGAGCAGGCUCGGUAGCCCCCCGGCGGGCUCGCCCGGGCCCAGGAGGGGUGUGAACGGCGGGGUGUCGGCGGCCAGAGGCGAGAAGGCGGAGUGGGGGGACUUGGCGGGGCCCGUGUGCCCGGAGAGCCGUCCCGACGGCCACCAGGCCCAGGGUGGUGGCCUCCUCCCGCCGGGGAAGAGCCCCACAGGGCCGGCCUCGGAGGCGCAGGGGGGGCUGCCGGGGGGCUCCGUGCCGGGCGGCGCGGCCCCGGGCAGAGCGGGGCUGUUCUCUGGCUACGGGCUCCCGGAGCGCGGCGGCGGCGACGAUGAGCCCCCGGUGGGCGGCGAGGCCGAGCCCGAGCAGGCCGUGAGCUUCUCGCAGGCGCUGGUGGAGUUCGCCGGCAGCGGGACCCUCUUCUCCAGCCUCUCGGAAAGCCUGGGGAGCUCCGGCUCGGGCUCGUCCUUCACCCAGAACCUGCCCGCCCUCCCCACCAUGGUCACCUUCGACAUGGUGGACGUGGAGCAGGAGGGGGAAGGGGAGUGCGAGCGGCACCCCGAGCUGAACGGGGGCGAGGCCAUCGCUGAGGCCUUCGAGGAGGGCUACGGGCGGAAGGAGUCGCCGGCCGAGUGCCGGGAGAGCCCGUCCCCGGGGGGCUCCUUCCCGAGCUGCCCGUGGGGCGUCGCCAGCCUGCCCCGCUGCCUGCGCCCCCACGGGCCCAGCCCCUCCACGCCGGCCCCGCUCUCCGUGGGCCGCAGGAGCCGCUCGCUGGACACCGAGAGCCUGGAGUGGGAGCUGGCCCACUCGCAGGAGGCCCCGGGUGGUGGCCCCCAGGCAGGCCGGCCGCGGUGGCCGCGGGAGGGUGGCAGAAGGGACUCGGGCGGCGCGAGGAGGAGCAGGAGCGAGGAGGAGGCGGAGGAGGCCGAGGGCGGCUGGAGCCGGCCGGGCGUAUGGCCCCUGUGGGCUGAGGCCGAGGCAGCUGCCGGGGGGAUGAAGCACUGGGGCUUCGCUCCGGCCGCCGCCGCGGAGAGGGCCUGGGAGGCGCCGGAGCAGCCCGUGUCCCCCGGGCCGUCCCUGUCCCGCAGCGUGGCCGGGGACCCUGCGUCCCGGUGGCCCCGGGAGCCCCAGGAGCCGGAGCCGAGCCGGCGCCCGUCGCGGCCCUGCCAUUUGCCUCUGCGGGGCGAGGGCAGGCGGCCCCGGGAGCGGCCCCAGGGAGAAGCCGGCGGCCAGAAGCUGCCCGUCUGGUUGCCCCCGGGAGAAGCGGAGCCCGAGCUGCCCCCCGGCUUCCGCUUCGCCUGCUCCCCGGAGAAAGGCGCCCCGUGCAAACCCGUGGGCAUCGCCCAGGGCAUCCCUCAGCAUCCCCCAGGCAGCGCCCGCCCCGCGGGGAGCCCGGAGCGCUGCGGGGAGCCCCUGAAGGGCAGGGCCGGCCCCGGGCACCCGCUGCCCCUGGGCUGUGCCAGCGCGGCCGGGAACGUCACCCCGGGGCAAUAGGGAGGGUGUGGGGGGCUGCGGAGGGCAGGGAGGGGGAGAGUGGCCAGGAACCAGCAGUUUGGGGGGAGCUGAAUGUAGAGCCGGGCUGAGGGGGGGGAGCUCCUCUCCCGCCUCCCCCCGGCCCGGGAUCCGCAGGUUGGGCAGAGGCACGGCCUGGUUUUCCAGCGCCGAGAGCGGGAACAGCCCCCGGCGCCACUCGGAGCGGCCGGAGGAAUCGCUGGGAAGGGCCCCGUUUGGCCUCGGUGGGUUUGGGGGUUCCUGCAGGGUGGGAGCUGGGGGAGCCUUUGGGGAGAAACGGGGCUUUUCCUUCCCCUUCUCGGUGGAAUGUUUUUGGUUCAGACUCACCUUGAAUGUCGUCCGUCUGGGUCUCCAUUUGGGGAGGCCGGGAGGAAGGACACCGGUUCUUUCCCGAGCGAGGCCGGGAGGCCGCUCAGCCGAAAGGGGAAUGUUGCAGUCACUUUUUUAUUUAUUUUUGUUCCAUUUCCCUUGCCCCAAAGGAAAGCAG